UUCUUCGUGGUAUCCCAACCUCGACCGAGACGGCCAGCAUAACAACGAAACCCUCGAGCGAACGCCAGACGGCAGAUAUCCCCGCGAAAACCGACCAAUUGCCCGAUAGCGAGGAGCCUCUCUCGACUGGGCCCGGUCACGCGUACUCUCACUACCUCACAAACCAUGUCGACGCGACGAGCUGCCUUAUCCCUCUACCGCCGCUCAUUGAAGCUGGCGCUAGAUUGGGCCGUCCAUCGACACCUGUGGCGUGGCCAGGCUAUGUAUAUUCGCUCACUAUUCGAGGCCAACCGCAAUGUCACCGAUCCCCGGCAUCAAAGGGCUCUAUUGACCGAGACCGAGAAGCUGCUAGAGAGCUGGAAGCACCCUGACCCUUAUACUCCCCCGACAGCCCCCGGAGGUUCCAAGUACGAGCGAAACCUCCCGUCGCCUGUUCUCGACCCUCCCCCACACCCUGUCAACCGACACUAAAAACUCGACUGGAUUAUUUGGGCUGUACGAGAGGAUAUAUGUACAUAGAAGAGGAUACAGAUGGGCUCGCGGAGAGGACUGUAGCAUGAAUCAAAUGAAUUUGGUCAUUCAAGGACCACAUCAGUGCGAACGAGGUUGAGGUUCAACCACAAGAAUCAGCAUUUACUGACACUCUAUUCGUACGAGCGCCGGGAAUCUUAUCGAUGGUGCAUGUUGGAAAGCUAAUCACCGCAAGCAAAUGGUUAUUUGGAAGCGAUAGUUGAAUGCGGAUCACAAGGAAAUGGCAGUUGCAAACAGCUGGCUUGCCAAGUUCAGGGCAGCGAGAGCAAGACAUAGUCACGCAAGAUAAGAUGAUGAUAUCAAGUGGCGAAAACAUUCACAGCAGGACCAAGAGGCGAUGAUGUAGAUCUUUGAAGUAUUCUUAUUUCAUGACCAUAGCCG